UUUUUCGCCUACGGUCAACGCCCGGUCAUUAACUGUCAUACGUGACGUGUGUGUGGCUUUUGUUGAUACGCCAUUGUUGUGCUAGCUAGGUUAGCAUCACAUGCUACAUCUCUUUGACUAUUCGAGGUACUGUAUUUUAUAACCUGGGCGUCCUUGACAGUGAAGACAAAGGUGCCUGGGGACCAGCCACCAUGGUACGCUUGACCGCUGAUCUGAUCGCCAAAUCGAAAAACAACUUCAAGAAGAAGAAGAGAGGCAUCACGCUCCAAGAGUAUCUUAGGACCUUGACCCACCUGUACUUUUCCAGCCAGAAUAUUGAGGAUAUUGGCGACCUUUCCAUGUGCAGGAACCUCACCGUCCUCUAUCUGUACGACAAUCACAUCCCGCGCAUUUGCAACCUGGACUUUGCGUGCAACCUCACGCAUCUGUACCUGCAGAACAACGACAUCACACAUAUUGAGAACCUCUCCAAUCUGCUCAAACUCUCCAAGCUCUAUCUGGGUGGUAACAGGAUUACGGUGGUAGAGGGCUUGGAGCGACUGAGCAAGCUGGAGGAGCUGCACGUGGAGAGUCAGCGGCUGGCACCAGGGGAGAAGUUGCUCUUUGACCCCAGGACCCUCCGCUCCCUUGCCAAAUCUCUCUGCGUCUUCAACAUCAGUAACAACAGCAUUGAUGAAGUCGGGGACCUGGCCGCGCUGUGGGAAAUCCAACAUUUCUCUGCUACUGAUAAUAAGUUGGCCAAUAUUGAGGAAUUAGAGGAGGUGUUCGGGUCCUGGCCUUGGCUCCUUCAAAUGGACUUACGCGGGAAUCCUGUGUGUAAGACGCCAAAAUACAGAGACAAACUGAUCACAGCGUGCAGAAGACUCAAGGUGCUCGACGGCCGCGACAUCCAUGAGGUGACCAGGGAGUUCCUCAUUAAUUGGAAAGCAUCCAAAGAAGCAAAGAAGAAGAAAAGUAAACAUGUGAUGGCAAAUUUGAACUCACCUCCCUUAACAAAUGAUGUAACGAUGGGUCAAGGUGCACGUCCGCCUCACGUCUGCUGCCAUGCUAACAUGCAUGGAUGGAAACCGCAGCAACCUUACAGGGUGCAGCAACUGAAAGGUUCUCUGUACAGACAGCUCAACCAUGUGGCCGUCACGUCAGAUAUGCAUACAUAAUACCACUGAAUGUGUUUCACCUAGAAUGGAUUAAUCUGUUUGAUCUACAUCCUUUGUAUUAUUUAAUCUAUGGCUGCAAUUCACUGCACAAGUGUCCAUAGUAUGGACCGGGAGCCAUUUGUGGCUUGCUGUUUGUUUUUUGUUUAUUUUAUUGGCCAGGUGGCACAUUGUAGAAACACAAUUAAAGAGAAUGAUACUAAU